UUUAAAAGAGAACUCCAUAAUAAUUCUCCGGUAUAUUUCUUCUCAAAAUAACGAGAGGGAGAAACGAUUUAUUUAUAGACUGGUAAAAAAUUGAGAAAAAGGAACACUGAAACAAAGAGAGAGAGAGCCAUGGCCAGUGAAGGAGAAGCGACCUUCUCUGCGGCGGCUGCGAUGUCGAGCGAGGCGCCGAGAGGUACAGGUGGCAAAUUGAUGCGGCAACCCGCGAGGAGGCAUCGGGCAACGCCGUAUUCUCGGCCGUGGAUCUCGAGAAUCGUCGAUCCUGCUUAUCGGAUUAUUUCCGGCGGCGCCACGAGACUACUUCCCUACUUCUUCUCGAAUGCAGCCUCCGCUCCUGCUCUUACAGCUCCUGACGAUGAAAAUCAACAUCAAGAUGAAUCGGAGGAUGAUGAACAGGAGAAUGAUACCAGUAUAACACCAAGUUUGAAGAAACCGGAGUCAGCAUUCAUCGAAGAGGGAGGUACUAGUGGCACAGCGAACGUGAGCGAAAGCAAUUUCAAUAUUAGUGCACAGACGAUAGGCAAUAUAGCUUUAAAUGAUGUAGUUCCGAUCUCGGAGCUUGAAAAGCUAAUGGAAGGAAAAACGUUUUCACGGGCGGAAACUGAUCGUCUCAUAGAGAUAAUAAAUUCAAGGGCUAUUGAUCGACCUGAUGUGACGAGAGACGAGAGAAUAGAGAUCCCUUUGAGAGAGGGAGCCAUCAGUUUUCUUGAGAAGAGAAAAGAGCCCAUUGGGGGAAGGGAUGCUAGUAGUGAAUUUUGGGCUACACCAACCCCUCUUGCCCAGUCAACAAUUUUUGAAGAAAGCAAACAGGUGCAGGAUGAAGCUGGUCUAUCACCGGCAGAACUUGCCAAGGCAUAUAUGGGAGGCCAGACAUCAUCAAGUAGUUCCAAACGUUUUGUAGCAAGAAAUGGAAAGAACUGUUUAGAGGGGGGUAUGCUUGUAGCAAAUUCUUCUUUUGCAUCACCAUCAAGCAAACCUUCCGCAUGUUGGCCUGGUGUGAAGUUAAAUGAGCAAUGUGGUUUUGCAACUCCUCAAAGCCAACGAGAAAACUUUGGGCUUCAAAAUUUUCCAAGGACCCCAAAUCCUAGAUCCAUCCUUUCAAGCUCUAAGUCACAGUUGAUGCAAUUGCAAGACAAUAGUAGCAAGCGCCUGAGCACCCUCCAGUCUCCCUCUCAAAGUGUGCAGUCAGGAUAUGGCCAGCUCAAACUUAGCAACGGAAGGGAUGGUGGACUUUUUGGACCCAGUAGAAGAUCUCGCCAGAGCGCCACAAUGUCUCCAUAUUCACGACCUUUAAGUGGCACAUCUCGUUUAGAAAAUUCUGCCGUCAAGAAGAGCUCUGAGGCAGGGGAAUCAAGUAGGCUAUCUAGGUACCAGACAACAACUUAUGGUAGGGAUAAAGGGUCAGAAGUUGGUACCCCAACUGUGCAUGCACAUUCUAGUCAGAUUGCUAGAACGAUAUUGGAUAACCUUGAACGGAAUCAGCCCACCCCGAAAGAAAAAUCUGCUGAGUUGAAGCUUGCCACUGCUUGGAGACAUCCACAGUCUUCGAAAAUUGUUGAACAAAGCAGCUCGAACAUCAACAAUGUGAAAAAGGAUGGCUCAGCCAAAUUGAAUGAAGAUAUCCCCAACAUCUUCUCUCACAAUCCGCCGUCCUCUGUGCCUAAACUUUCUGCAGUUACCACUGCUGACACUCAAAAUGCAAUGGCCAAAACUGCUUCAGCAUCAAAUGGAAUAUUUUUUGGCAGCAGUAGUGGUACCACACUCCAAUAUGAGUUAGGGAAGCCUAAGGGCUCUCUUUCGGGAAGCACACAUGACAAGGACGGUACAAAAGCAGCUCCGUAUACUUUUGGAGGCGAUCCCGCGAAUCUCCCGAAACCACCAUCUCAUUCAAUGGGGAAUAAUAAUAAACCGGCACUGCCAUCGAUCUCAGUAUCCAAGCCUUACCAAAAAUGGGCAGCUCCUUCGGGUCCAAACGCUAGCUUCACAUUCCCGGUCUCUUCAUCUGAUGGAGCAACGUCGUCAGAGCCCACAACUCCAUCCAUCAUGCCAUUCACAACAAGCCCAGCGCCAAUCGGUGGUGUUGCCAUUACAAGUCAUCAUGAAGCAACAAUUACAAAAAAUGAAGACAUUCCUCAGUUUGGUUUCGGCGGCAGGCGAGGAGAUAAGUUGCCUCUGGUCUUCGCUUUUCCCUCUGUGAGCGAAGAAGUGAUCAACGAGGAUGAUGAGAAGCUAGGUUUCGAAUUCACAUUUGGGUCUGAAAAGCCAGAGAGAAUAUCGUUCAGCUCAGCAGGAAAUGAUGGUGUUUGUUGUUAAAACAAGGACGAUGGUUUCUGUUUGUUUUUUUUUCUCUAUUUUUCCAAAAAUUUUUUUGUCUAAGAUUGUUUUUUGUAUUUUUACUUUGGGAGUAGAACUCUGUGCUUAGAAACAUGUUGUGUUUUGAGCUGUAUUCAUUGAAGAUGAUUGAUUUCUUUUGUGUCUGAUUUAAGAAGAGGCAAUGGAUUUUGUUCCUUCGGGAGAGGUGGAUCCAAUAAAAAUAAAAUGCAAAUCGAGGAUCGUCCACACACAAUCUCGAAGAAGCAAAGCAAAGUAAAGCUUCUUGUCUUUUUUUUCCCAGACGAACACUCGUGUGUGGUGGUGAGUGCUCUUCUUGAUCUUCCUUUGAGUUUUUUUUUCUGUCUUGGGCUUGUUCUCUCCCCAUGUGCUCGAUUUAUGCUGGAUUUCUGGUUUUGCAGCCACAACGGAUAAGGAAGAAGACCCCAUUUCUGUUUCUUGUCAAUCCCAACACAAAAUUUGCCUUCUUCCCUCGCGCGAUUUCUUCUUCGGACAACGAUGGCUCAGUUUCAUCCUCCAGACAAAACAACCGACAAAUGGGAUAUGAUCCUUCAGAGGAACUGUUUGGUGAUGAUUUCAAGCCCAGGAACGUGUCUGGUGAUUCUCGUGAACCAAGGUCGUGGUUUGGUCCCAACGGUCAGUACAUUCGAGAGCUUCCGUGUCCUACUUGUAGAGGAAGAGGUUAUACGUCAUGCUCAAAUUGCGGAAUCGAGAGGUCACGGUUGGAUUGCCCUCAAUGCAAAGGAAAGGGCAUAAUGAGUUGUCUAAGAUGUUUGGGAGAUUGUGUCAUAUGGGAAGAAUAUAUCGAUGAACGACCUUGGGAGAAAGCUAGAUCCAGUUCUCCAUUCAGAGUAAAGGAAGACGAUGAGGUUGAUAAUUUGGAGAUAAAGUUCAGUAGAAGGGGAAAGUCGAAGCGGGUUUAUCAGUCACCGCCUCCUGAAGUUGGACAAAAGAUCAGCCGAUCCCUAAAAAGCCUCAAUGCCAAGACCGGACUUUUUAGUAAGCGAAUGAAGAUUAUACAUCGUGAUCCCGUGCUUCAUGCUCAAAGGGUAGCUGCAAUCAAGAAAGCUAAAGGAACACUAGCCGCUAGAAAGCAUGCAUCCGAGUUUAUGAAAACUUUCUUCAGUAACCCUGAAAACCGUGAACAGAGGAGCUUAUCCAUGAAAGGAAUUAAAUUCUACUGCAAGAACUGCGGACAGGAAGGUCACAGACGCCAUUACUGUCCAGAGCUGGACAGUAAUGCGGACAGAAGAUUUAGAUGUCGGGUUUGUGGAGGGAAAGGCCAUAACCGAAGAACCUGUCCUAAGUCGAAAUCGAUGGUCACUAAAGGCAUUUCCACAAGGAAUCACCGAUGUGGAAUUUGCGGUGAGAGCGGCCACAACAGUAGAACAUGCCGGAAGCUGGCCAGAGUGAAACCCAGUGACCAUGCUGGUGAUUCCGGGGAAGAUGAUUCUGGUAAGAGAGGGUAUGCUUGUGGGUUCUGCAAGAAAAAGGGACAUAAUGUAAGAACCUGUCCAAGUAAACGAGUUUCAGACAGUGAUUCUUGUUUAGAGGAAGAAGGUUCUUGAUCAUGUUUUUUGUUAGGCUUCGUUUUGAAAUUACUUACAGGUCCUUCUUAGGCAAUGGGUAUUUCGUAUCAGUAUCAAACAUGGGUCCUUGAUGAUCAGAUCUUUGCCAACUUCCCAACGAAAAAAAAACUAAUUGUAAAUGCCAAUGGAUAUUAAUUUUUGAUUUCCACAUUGUUAAACUUUCUUACAUUCAAGAAUUUGAUUCGAACCG